CGUGAAUGGGCUGAGAAACAAGCAGAAGCUGUGGAGAUACUGAGAGUGUUUCACGAGAGUCAGCUCAGAGAGUGGAAGGAGCACCUUACUUUACACAGCAACAGAAGGAAAUACCCUGGCCUGUGUGCGCUUCACCUGUGCAUGUCAGCAAAACAAACAGCUGCCUGCAGAAGGCUAAAGGAAUCCAUUUGAUGGUGCUCUUUCUUUUAUCCUUCUGUAUCUCUAUCUACUACUACUGCUGUGGCUCAAAGAUUUGAACAGAAAAACAAAAGGUGGAAUUAUUAUUGUAUUUGUUGGUGUUGUUACAUUCAGUAUAUAACACUGCGGUGUGCUGAAGGCAUCUCUCUCCCUCUUGAAGGAUUGUUUUUUUUUUUCUCCUGCGGCGGGACCGUACAAAUCCGCCAAGACGCCGCGUGCCGUGCUCCGCGUGAAAAAUGCGCCGGCUAGAUUGGCAAAGCCGGCGCCCAACCCGGCGCCAACGCCGGGCUUGUACAUGGAGCGCUCCCAGAGCCGGAUCAGUCUGUCGGCGUCCUUCGAAGCCCUCGCCAUCUACUUCCCCUGCAUGAACUCCUUCGACGAGGACGACGUGGAUGCGGACGGUCGGAAGCUCCGAGGGGGUAUUCAGCGCAGCACCGAGACGGGACUCGCUGUGGAGAUGCCAAGCCGGACAGUCAGACAAGCGAGCCACGAGUCCAUCGAGGACAGCAUGAACAGCUACGGAUCUGAGGGAAAACUGGGAGUAUUUGGAGUAAAUGGCUAUGGGAAUCUAGCCCAAGAACUCCCUAAAGGUCUCCAGGAGAGUGUGGAGUUUGAAGGUCAAGGCCUGAAUUACAGUGGGGUUUGCCUUGCGUCCGACACUCAGUUCAGUGACUUCCUGGAUGGAAUGGGCCCGGCACAGUUUGUUGGACGUCAGACGUUGGCUACGCCAUCAAUGGGGGACGUUGAAAUUGGAUUGAUGGAGAGAAAUGGCCAGCUGGAGGUGGAGAUUAUUCAGGCACGAGGUCUGACCCUCAAACCGGGCUCCAAAACAUCACCAGCUGCGUAUAUUAAGGUGUACCUUCUUGAAAACGGUAUCUGUGUUGCAAAAAAGAAGACAAAGUGUGCUCGCAAAUCACGAGACCCCAUUUACAACCAGGUCCUGGUCUUCUCUGAAAGUCCUCAGGGGAAAGUCUUGCAGGUGAUCGUGUGGGGGAACUACAGCCGCAUGGAUCGUAAGUGUUUCCUGGGCGUGGCCCGCGUGCUGCUGGAGGAGCUGGAUUUGUCCAGCAUGCUCAUCGGCUGGUACAAGCUCUUCCCCACCUCCUCCAUGGUGGACCCCACGAUGGCGCCGUUAAUCCGGCACUCCUCACAGCUCUCGCUCGAGAGCCCUUGCUGUGACAGGUCAUAACAGCGCAAGAGAAGCAGAACACUGCUUUUUAUAUGUGUUUCUAUCUUUCCGUGCUGGAGGUCCUGUUCCUUAGCACGCUGCAUGCUUGAUCAGAUUCUCCAGGGCCCCAUUGCAAUGGGGAACGACGCCACCUUCGGCGUGUGAAGAGAAGACAAAGACUAAUGGUCCCAGACUCUAAAACAAAGUAACUGGUACCGCCUCUCCGCAGCAGCGUGGUAACCAGAGUCACGUGAUUUUAAUCUCCAGGUUCACUUUGCAGUUCUGAGCAUCUGAGCUGUUACCUCACAGCGCAGAUGCUGUUAACGGGAAGGUUCAUAUCUGGAAGAGGGGUGAUUCUUGUUAAUUAAUGGAUGAAGCUGAAGAGUUAUUAGAAGUUGAAAGGUAUAUCAGGAAAUGUAUGGUAUUUAAAUAGGAAAAAUAAGGUCACUAGUGUUUUUUUCUUAAUUGAUAUUUAUAAACGCGCCGCAAUGUUUAAGAUAUUAGACACAUGUUUAUUGCAGUGCUUCAUCCAAAGCUUGAAACAGCUUUCAAGAAAUACGGUGUCUUGUAAAGCCUGGCUAGUUCCUGAAGACUUGCACUGUACAACAGCAGCUUUUACUGCAUUGGAAUACCUGUGCCAAAUUACCAGUAAGUGUCAUUAACCUGCGGCUGUGGCUGCUGCUGAGUGAAUGGAGGAGACUUCUUGAACUGACCACGAAGAAUACAAUUAAAAAAAAGAAAAAGGCAUAACCUUUUCUAGCGGCAGAAUCACAAGAAGAAAACAAUACAUGGUGUUUCCUUGCAUCAGAACCCUUGAUAUUUACACAGUGUUGAACACAUAGCACCAUGGACACAGGAACGCCUUUCUGUUGUAGAUUGGUACGCUAUCAGUGCAUUCUUACUGUGUACUGUGAAGCUGCAGAAUCAGACAGCAGUUCAUUCUAACAAUGAAAGCAAAGAUGAGAAAGCAUGUGGCUACUUUUAUUGGACUAAUGAAACGUGUGUUAGCAUUGAUAUUGAGGGUUAGGGUAAAUUAAUGUUAAAAACAAACAGGCUAUCACUGGGGCGCUUUGCAGCCUUGAAUGCUUUAAUUACUGGCACAUCUGCACUGAGCCAGACUCUCUUCUUUACACUCUUGGAUGGAAUGAGAAACACAGGCUUUGAGAUGCGGAACUUCGUUAGGUAUGCAUGAUUGUAGCUCUAGUGCACAGCAUGACAAAUUGUAUUGUAGUUUGAGGAGAGCAGCAGAUGAAGUGCAUGACAGAGGUAGUUGUUUUUGGGGUGUGGGAGAAGGGGGUGAGAGGGAGUGGGGGUGUAUCAUUACUGAUUUCAUUGGCAAUGCUGCAUCAACCGCUCACUUUUAUAGAGUGAUCGGUGAGCAGCAGACCAGAAAGGUUUCUAUAACAAAACUAUCAGAUUGAAUGUGAGAAUGAGACUUUCAGAAGGUGGAGAGAAACCAAUGUGCAUUACUGCGAACCACGAAUUGAGAAAAGACUACGAGAAGUGAUGCAGUAUAUAUAUAUAAUAAAGCAUAGGGAUCACAGUUUCACAUAGUUUAAAAACACACACACUUACAGUAGAUCUGUACUCUGUGUUUGCACACACACACUUACAGUAGAUAUGUACUCUGUGUUUGCACACACACACUUACAGUAGAUAUGUACUCUGUGUUUGCACACACACACUUACAGUAGAUAUGUACUCUGUGGUUGCACACACACACUUACAGUAGAUAUGUACUCUGUGGUUGCACACACACACACACACACACACACACACACACUUACAGUAGAUCUGUACUCUGUGGUUGCACACACACACACACACACACACACACACACACACACACACAUUUACAGUAGAUCUCUACUCUGUGUUUGCACACACACACUUACAGUAGAUAUGUACUCUGUGGUUGCACACACACACUUACAGUAGAUCUGUACUCUGGUUGCACACACACACACACACACACACACACACACACUCACAGUAGAUCUGUACUCUCUGGUUGCACACACACACACACACACACACACACACACACACACACACACUUACAGUUGAUCUGGACUCUGUGUUUGCACGCUGUGUUGGGACUCCUUGUUCUGAAAGACAGAAGUUAUAAUGUGUAUUAUACUGUGUAACCCUGCGAUCAGCACUUACACUAUUUUUUGGAGAGGUUGAGCGAGUUUUAUCUUAACAGACGCAUUUGUCUAACGUGCUGGCUUCAAAUUCUGGCAGGAGCACUUUAGAAUUAUAAAUUAGAUGACUACCAGUCAUUCCGUAAAGUGUUAAUAACAAAUAAACUAACUUAACAAAACUGUUCUAGAGAAACUGUAUGUAGCGUUUUCAAAGUGCCAAAGCUUUUCAAGAGACAACAUAUAUGUGUAUAUACAGUAUAUAUAUAUAUAUAUAUAUAUAUAUAUAUAUAUAUAUAUAUAUAUAUAUAUACACAUUAGGGUCAGAAGGGAUGCACUUCCCUGCUCUGUUACCUAUUAGAGUAACCCAGUGUUGUUUUGCACAUUUAAACAGAGACAUAUUUAUAAAUAGAAUAUAUAUAUAUUGUGUGUGUGUAUAAAUACAUUGCGGUUCUUCUUCUAUAUCAUCAUUUCCAGUGCCCUCCAGAUAACCCCGGGCUUCUGGCAGUUCUGAAUGUGUUUGACAAACACUUACAUUAGAACGGAGCGGGCUGCAUGUGGAAGGGCUAGGUGUCAGUGUAAUAUAGGAGCUGCUAAUUAAAAAAAAAACACAUUCCAGUUUUAAGCUUGUCUGAUGAGAAAUGUUCCAAUAUAUAUAUAUAUAUAUAUAUAUAUAUAUAUAUAUAUAUAUAUAUACCUGUCGUUGUAAGGCCAUCUGAAAUAUUUUCCUUAUGUUAAAAAUAAUUAUAAAAAUAGUACCAGUAAUUAAAAAAACAAAACUAUUUGGACUGAAUGAAAUUCACAAUGUUUCGUUAAAAUGUCUUAAUGAAGUGCCACUAAAGCCCCUUUCACACUGGCACUCCUACCCAGGUCCUGACCUGGGCUCUGGCUACCCGAGUCACAAUCCCGCGUAGUGUGAAACCACGUACCUGGGUCGUACCCGGGUUGACCCUGGUCCCAGCGACCCACCUCAGGAUGUGGGUCGACGCGGUUUGACCGGGUGUUGAGCGAGACAAAAUGCAUGACAGCCGCUCAGAAACCGACAACAUAACAAACAGCCACGCCUGCGUGAAGGUUUCACUUCCGCAAGGAACAUUUCUGUUUAUUCUGUUUAGCCAUAUUUUUAUUGCUUGAGACACACCAUGAGCUAGAUUGCAGCAGGGAUGAAGAAACAUUUGCUCUAAUCAACAUUUGGGCCGACGGUUCAAUCCAGAGAAGCUUGGAUGGAAGCGUCUGUAUCAAGCUGCUUCCGGGGCAUUGAUCCACGCAUUGUGUACUUGCGUCUGUCACCCAGGUCAACCCUGCUUUAUCAAACGCAGUGUGAAUCGCGUACCCGACCCGCAUGACACCGGGUCCUGACCCGGGUAGGUUCUGACCUGGGUAGAGCAUACCAGUGUGAAAGGGGCUCAAGACUCAACCUUAGACUGACAAGUGUGACCUGAAUCUACUAUUUUAGCAUUUCUACUGGUAUGAUAGUGCCCUCUCCUUGCAAUACUGUAUACAGAACCACACAGAGUAGUUUUAGAAUGGAUGAGGAACAACAAAACGACAUUCCAAGUCCUGGAAGCAUGCACGCUGUUGAGAUUUACUAGCCACUGCAAGAUCUUUGCAACUGAACCCUGUUUACAUAAGAUUAUUGAAAGAUACAAAUAAAAGUUAGCUGGGUUGUACUUCAGUAUUCUGAACAAAGAUAAGCAAAGCACUGUACCGUACAUGCCAGAACUCUCAGUGCUUUUUAAAUGUGCUGGUCGUGAUCCUAUCAGUGCUUUUUAAAUGUGCUGGUCAUGAUCCUAUAGUUUAGUGGGUGGAAGAACACAUUUUGUAAAUCUUGGAAAUUUAUAACUAUUUGGUGUAUCUUUAUUUUAUUUCAGGAGCUACUUUAUGGUUCAGACGAAAGGGUUUUUUUUAAAUCUUUCAAUUAAUAAUCCUGUUGGCAGACGUGGAUAUACAGUAGAAGGGACCGAUUGAAAGACAAAGCGAUUCCCUUUUCCUAAGAUACAAUAAAACAACAGGCUCAGAGAACUUCAGUAAACCCUGACUACUGAGACAACUCAGCCAGUUCAAUAAUAAUAAUAAUAAUAAUAAUAAUAAUAAUAAUAAUAAUAAUAAUAAUAAUAAUAAUAAUAAUAAUAAUACGUUUCACUACUGUAAUCACUUGCAACUGUGAACAAGAUAUUCUAAUGUUUGAAACACUGACUCUGCGUCUUAGUUUACUGUAUGUGUUUUCUCUGUUAUCAGACAGCAGGGUGUCAUGUUAAUUCUGCCAUGGGGAUUAUCACUAAAAAAAUGGACACUUUUGUAUCUCAAUGCUGAGAACGAAUGCCUAGAACAAGCCCAAUAACCGAGGACUGUGCAGUGUGAUUGGUCUUCACGAAACAAGUUUAAACUCCGGAUAGAAACUUGCGAUGGUGCAAGCAAACUCGAUUUCAAAUCAGCGAUGCUGGUUGCACUUAACUAAGCGUUGAUGAGGCAUGACUCCCUGCUGUAGCUUCCUUUAAGCUAGUAUGUACAUAUCAAACAUGGCUACUAUGAAACGUGUGUGUCUCUCAGUAAGCAGCGUUCAACACAUUUGGUUGGAUGCCGCAGUUUCCAGUGGAGAGAUUUUCUCACAGAUGUAAUAAUUUAUUACAAGUAGAUUGUGUUCUUUAAAUGAUGUGACAGCUGAAUAAUGCACAAUUUGAUGUUGUUGGUAAACGACUACAACUGUUAAUAAUAAAAAGAUGAAUCGAU